AUGGCCACUUCUCGCGUAGGUCGAACGCUGCAGCAGCGGCUACGGAGCAGCGUGAAACAGAAUUGGAGCCUAGGAUUUACCUCGUUUGGCGGCCCGCCCGUGCACUUCAAGAUUUUUCAUACUCUGUAUGUCGAAAAGCUACAAUGGAUCGACGAACAAAUUUAUCAAGAGCUGUUCAGCGUCUGCCAGGCCGUUUCCGGGCCCGCAAGCACAAAGAUGCACUACUGCAUCAACCUGCUUCACGAUGGCUUCCUACCUGCCGCACUGUCCUUCUUUCUCUGGAGCGUCCCCGGUGCGCUGGGCAUGUUUGGUCUCGCUCUCGGCGUGUCGAAUAUUGGCGAGUCACUUCCAGGCCCCGUGUACGCGCUUCUAUCUGGGCUAAAUGCGGCGACGGUGGGCAUCAUUGUGCUUGCCGCCGUGCAGUUGUCGGAAAAGACUAUCACCAAUAAGAUGACGAGGCUCUUAGUCUUUGGCGGCGGAGCCGCGGGUCUGCUGUACAAUUCUCUGUGGUACUUUCCUCUGCUGAUGGCGUUAGGCGGCAUUGUGUCACUCGUACAUGACUUUAGGUGGCUGCAUCGCUCGUUUGCGGCUGCUGUCGAGGCCAUUACAACACGAAGCAGCCGAGGGCGCGGAGUCCGUAGCGACGCGGGACAGGAGGAAAUGGAUAACAUCAGUCCCCAAGGCGUCCGCCGAGAUGAUUAUACUGCGAACCAUGAUGUGGUUGGUGAUGAGAUGGCUGUUGCACGAGAGCUUCCAAUGCAGACCCAGGACAACAGCGACGAUCGCGUGCGAGUCGUUCCUGCAAGCCAUCAGCUCAACAUGUCGUGGAAGGUCGGAGUAAGCAUAAUAGCCCUCUUUCUCGUCUCCUUCAUCAUCGUGCUCGUUCUCCGUGGCACCGAUACCCCUGUUCGGGACUCGCUCGCGUUCCGCUUCUUUGCCAAUAUGUACCUUGCCGGCACCAUCAUCUUCGGCGGCGGGCCAGUCGUCAUUCCGCUGCUGCGCGAGUACGUCGUCGCGGAGAACUGGGUGCUGCCGCGCGACUUUCUCAUCGGCCUGGCGAUUCAGCAGAGCUUUCCCGGCCCCAACUUCAACUUUGCCGUGUAUCUCGGCGCACUGGUUGCGCGGAACAACGGUUUCAACCCGGUGCUGGGUGCGCUGCUUGGGUUUGUGGGAAUAUUCGCGCCUGGAAUGGUCCUGGUGCACGGAACGAUGGGCGUUUGGGGUGCCGUGCGCAGCUCGCCGGGUGUCAAGUCGUUUCUCAAGGGACUCAAUGCCGUUGCUGUGGGCUUGAUCUACACAGCCGUAUACCGAAUCUGGCAGAUUGGGUAUAUUGAUGAAGGGUUUCAGCAAGGCACCAGUCUGGCAGUUGAGCCGUGGUGGGUAGUGGUGACGGCUGCGGCAUAUGUAGGAGGGUACUGGUUCGGUGUGAACCCGCCCACUACAAUUGUUCUCGGCUGCGUGAUGGGGUUGAUAUGGUAUGGAAUUGUGUCCAGCUAG